UCAGGGAUUGCCCUAUACGGCUUCUUUCAGGCUAUAGGUUCCCCUGCCUCUGAUUGGAUUGGUUCCUUGUUGUCUUGGUGACGGCAAAAAAGGCGGGGCCGGUAACUGGGGAGCUGUUGUGGGUGCUGGAGGAUAAGUAACGGAAGAUCGGUCUGGGUGGAAUGUUGUGUUAGUGCUUUCCUUGCGUUAUCAUGGACGGGAGCUCAGCGCCGAUGGUUGGAUAAUGUCUAAAUAAAAAUGACUUGCUGAACCUUAAUUUAGAUCUUGGAUUGAAAAUGCCUGCAAUAGAGAGUGAGGCUAAAGCAAGAACAAAGUCACGUUUUGAGGAGGUCUUCCAAAGCUACUCUGCUCUAUCAGAAAAUAAGAAGUUCAGGAAGAAGAAGCAACCUGAAGAGAAUGUAGUACUUGAAACUUUCAACAAUCAAUCUUACAAAGAUACUUCAAGUGAAGUAGUAGCUGUUCAUACAAGCAACACACAGGAAACACCUUUUAGAAAGAAUAUAUUCAGGGAGCAGAUAGCAGCUGCUGAAAAAGAAAGCGAUGCAAGCAGCAAAGAGCACAGGAAAGCAAAGAGUGAAAAAAAGAAGAAAAAUAAAACAGAUGUGGGUGAGACCACUGACCAAAAUGAAUCCCAACCUAAAAACUCAGAGGGGACUAGUCAUAUUUUAGGACUUGAGGAGAAUCGGUUAAAACAUGGUAAGAGGAAGGAGAAAAGCGUCUUAAGAGAAGAAAGCUACCCAACCGAUUUUAAUGAUGAAGACCAGCUAAUUGAAGCAUACCGACUUCAGGUAUCACAGGAGGAGACCAAUGAAAUCAAGGAGAAGAUAAAAAAGAAACUACAGGCGCACCUCUCAGAACAUUUUAGCAGUGAUGAAAAUCCAAAUGCUGUAUUAGGCAAUCAAGCUGAGAAGAAGAAAAGGAAGAAGAAAAAAGACUUGGUGGAAACUGAACCAGAAACAAGCGUUAUGUCUUUGUCUGAACUGCAACACACACCGGCAGAAGUUGUCGAUCAUUCUCCAAUUCAUUCAUUUUCUGAAAACAUUGAAAAAACAGAAGAUCUUCCUAAACGUAAAGGCAAGAAAGCCAAGAAAAAAUCCCACACAGUGACAGAGAACAGUGAAGACAUUGAUGAAGAAAAAAGCAGCACUAAACGCGUGUAUGAUGAGAGCCUCGUUUUAGGAGUUUAUGUCCAUCGGGCUGAUAAAUUGAAUACUGACCUUGUCACAUCUCGGCCCAUGGUUAAGAUUUACCUAAUUGACCAAAAAACAGGUGAACAUGUCAAGAAAGAUUACAGUACUGAAGCAGCUUCCUCAUUGCACGACCAAGAAAGAAAUGAACAUAUUCUCCCUACGUUCACACAACCGUAUGACUUCAAGCGGCUAAAAACGCCUGCACCUGAAUGGGACGAGCAAAUCAUAUUUAACGAGCGGUUUACUUAUUUUUUGCACUUGAACAAAGACAGUCCAAAUGUUAUCAUUUUCUUUGAGAUUCUUGAUGUGGCCAAUGAGGAUGGUAAAAUCACAAAUUCAGAUUUUCAUGUAAAAGAGAAAGGAUUCCAUAAGAUUGCAUGGGCUUUUUUAAAGAUUGUAGGGGCUAAUGAAGUGCUUAACGUAGAUAAAAAGUUACGUUUACAACUUUACUAUCCUCCUCGAUACCGUAUUGCUUCCAGCAUUCCUGUGUAUGAUUGGUGGUUAAAAUAUCCCAGAAAUCUGUACCCUUCCACUUUGUAUGUGACCAUUAAAGGAUUAAAGCUGCCAGAUAAUGUAAAUUCGUCCACAAACCUGGGCUUUCCAUUUGGGAGUAGCUUAUCAAAUGCUGACCUGCAGCAAGAUGUUGCCAUGAAGGGGUCUGAUUCAGGCGAAAGUAAGCAGAAGGAAACAUUCAAGUGGACUCGGUUACCAGGACAGGCAUGUCGUAUCCCCAACAGGCAGCUUUUAUCUCUGCGUGCUGGACAAAUGGGAUGUUCUUUCGUGUGUUUCUCCAAUGAUGGAAGAACACUGGCUGCAGCGUUUGCAAACAGGGAUGGUUAUCCGAUAUGCUUAUAUGAAAUCCCUUCUGGGCACUAUUUGAGAGAGCUUCAUGGCCACCUCAAUGUUGUCUAUGAUCUGUGCUGGUCCAGCAAUGAUCAGCAUUUACUUUCUGCUUCAUCUGAUGCUACAGUCAGGCUGUGGAGAGUUGCUAAGGAAGUUUCAUCUGCCAUCAAAGUAUUACCUCACCCAUCUUUUGUUUACACUUCAAAGUUCCACCCAAUGUCUGAUGACCUGGUUGUCACUGGAUGCUAUGAUGCUGUGAUUAGGGUGUGGAAUGUAAAGGUGAAGGAGAUCAAUGGACAGCUUCUUCAAGAGUUUGAGGGUCAUAAAAGUUUCAUCAACACCCUUUGUUUUGAUGUGGAAGGCCUGCAUAUGUAUUCAGGAGACAGCUCUGGACUUAUUAUAGUGUGGAAUACCAGGAUUAGUCCAAGUCUGCAUCAUAAUCCAUCCGAGCACUGGGCUAUUUUAAAGGAAAUAAAAGAAACUGAUAUGAAAGGAAUUGCUGUGAAUCAAUUACAGGUUCAUCCAAAUGGGAGACGUUUGUUAAUUCAUACAAAAGACAGCACUCUCAGGAUUAUGGACCUCAGAAUAUUGGCAGCGAAAAAAUAUAUUGGAGCAACAAAUUACAAGGAGAAACUUCACAGUGCCUUUACACCAUGUGGAACAUUUGUCGUAGCAGGGAGUGAAGAUGGGAUGGCAUAUGUCUGGAAUGCAGAAACGGGCGAUCAGGUAGCAAAGUAUUCAGAGUUAUCCUACACAGCCCCUCUUCGAGAUGUUGCCUUUCAUCCUCAUGAACACAUGGUUGCAUUUUGUGCCUUUGGACCAAACCAGCCUAUCCUUGUAUAUAUUUAUGACUACAAAGUUGCCCAGCUUGAGGCAGAAUCGGCGCACAGUGAUGUC